AAGUGUUAAAGCCUGACACAUGACAUAUACAUGUAUGUUCCAUGUUCUUCAUUUCUAAUCUGUGGUGUAAGACUGUUUUUCCCGAGCAAGGUGAAGAAAAUGGCCACUCGGUUGAGUGGAUUUUAAGGCAGUCUGUCUGAUCCCAUGCGUUGCCUUCGGGUGCUUCUUCGAGCCAUGUUGGUGGGGGUACGCAAGGCAGUCCUGCGGGACGUACGGUCCUGUAUCAGCACACAGCUACUGGUCAUCAUCGUCAGCGUCAUGAUGGUGGUCAUUGUUGUCCGUCAGAUGCAGGGCCCGAUGGACGUCGUCAUCAAAGAGGAGAUCCUCCAGACCAAGGAUAUGUUUGCGACGAUGACACCGCAAGAAACAGAACCAGAAGUUAUAUUCAAGUCUGGAAUGGGAAUAUAUAACACUUCAAGAAUACCUGCGAUAGUGCACCACAAGGGCACCUUUCUUGCGUUCUGUGAAGCUCGUAAAGACACAAGCCAUGACAUCGGCAACAUCCACAUCGUCCUACGCAGGGGUCAGAGGUCAGGGUGGAAGGUCAAAUGGGGUGAAUUACAGGUGGUUGCAUCCAGGCAUGGUUACAGAGCCAUGAACCCUGUACCGAUCGUUGACAAGGUCCUCGAUGUGAUUCUUCUGGUUUACCAUCUUAUACCCACCUGGGUCAGUCAGUGGAAGCUGAUUAGGGAUGGCGUCUUUAAGCAGUUAGUCAUGGUUACAAGGAGUUUUGAUAAUGGAGAGACGUGGACAAUAGCCAAAGAUAUCACUGCAUCUACACUUGGACAGAUGAAGCCUCCCCCAGCACUAUAUGCACCAGGACCUGGGCAUGGUAUUCAGCUGAAAUCUGGAAGAUUGCUUGUAGCUGGGAAUUAUUUUGUCAAAGACGAGGUUGGACCAUUAUUACAUUAUCUUGAUAAUUUUGAUAACACCACCAAUUAUGCUAAUGUGAUCGCCAGUGAUGACAAUGGUGAGACCUGGUUCCUUGGCGGGAGAAUACCGUUUGGGGUGGACCCAUUCUGGAGACCAAUUCACGGAAAUGAAGCAACAGCUGUAGAGGUUGAUAAGGGCCAUGUUUGUAUAAAUGGCCGAACCCUUCACGCUGAUCUGACGCGGGUCGUUGCCAUCAGCGAGAAUGGGGGCGAGACCUUUGGGGCGGGGCGUCUAGCCAGAGAGCUGGUAGAACCAGGUUAUAGGUUAACUGAUGAAAAUUUUGUCAUUCCUGCAAAGGCUGGUGGUUGCCAGGCCAGUAUGAUAGGAUUUCCAGCGCCCCGCCCCUACGUCACAGACUCCGGCACGUGGGUCCUCUUCUCUAACCCCGCGUCGCCCAAGUUUCGCGAGCGCCUCUCGAUACGCCUCAGCAAAGAUGGAUGCAAGACGUGGAGCCCCGCAUGGAACGUAUUUUCAAAUUUCUCUGGCUAUUCGGACCUCACGUACUUCGAGAUGAGAAAUCCAAUCACGGGUCUAAAAUCGCAAAAUUUUGCUGUUUUAUUUGAAGCUGGCAACACAACAUCUCACGAUAGUAUUAUGUUAAAAAUGUUUAAUAUAGAAUCCCUUUUAGGUGGACUCGAUAAAGGGAAAUUAAAAUUUGAUCCAGCAGUUUGAAAUUUUGUGUUUUAGAUCUGUGGGGUGUUUCACAAAGAUUUAAGCAGGUCUUAGAGUCGCACUUCAAUGCUGACGCACGCGCGAUAUGUAACACGCAAUCUGAUUGAUAGAUGCGCGGUCGUACACAUCCCAUGCACAUGAUCUGACCAAUGUGGUGAUGUCUUCUGUACCGUACGCAACUUGGAAUUGAAGUGUGACUUAAGUCACCUUUAUAUCUUUGUGAAACACCCCCAGGGUUUAUUUAUACUUAGUUCUCCAUGAGAACCUCUUUAGUGUGCUGGCAUUAGGGAGUAUUAGAUUGCAAAAUGAAACAGUGGACUGCUUCGUAGUGACGUCAUCUCAAGGCAUUCCGCAUGAGCUGCAUUCUCUCCAUCAUUCAUUUAUUAAAUUGAGAAUGUGAAUGUCGCGAUUCUAUCAUGUGCGUGAUGUCAUUGCAAGCCGACUUCUGUGGCCGUUUCACGUCAAGUGCAAUCUAACAGGUCCUAUGUAUGAUAAACAUGUCCUACUUGACUUUGCCAACACAAAUGAUUAGACUGGGAUAUAGUUUCCGUUCAUUCACUCUGAGAGACCUUACCGGUCUGAAAUGCUCUAGAUAAAAACUACAUUAUUACAGUCCAUAUUCGUGUUCACAUCGAGUGCAAUUUUUGUCUCUAAGCAACAUGACUACUCCAACACUAACAAUCGGUAUACUGGAACGCUGUACUUGUCCACACAUUCUGAAACUUCUUAUUAAUCUUCUUUGGGCACGACGUGUAGAUUUAACUCGGGCAGCCCUUCGUGUUUUCGGUAAAUUGCGAAUUUGUGUACUGCCAACUCAUUCACUCACCACAUGGUCUACCUUCAUUUAGUGUAAUACCAUUCUGUCCAACAUUUCGUCUAACAACCAUUUGGUCCAAUGACCACUUUGUCUAAUCAACAGUUUGUCUAUGACCAUUUUGCCUCAUAACCAGUUGGUGUAACAUCCAUUUUCUUUUUCAUUACUUAAUCUAAUUAAAGCAAAUCAGGGGCAGACCGUGGCCCGGAGGAGACAAAGCAUUGGGGGAGCACAGCAUUGUUCACAAACAAUUCAGUGCCCCUCCAAUGUCUCCUCCGGGUCACGGUCCGCUACUGAAGCAAAUGGUACGUGGACUAAAUGGCUAUUGGACCAACUGGUUAUUAGAAGAAAUGGCAAUGUGUGGAAAUAUGAUGAACUGAUGGUAGGCCAAAUGAUAGUAGACAAGUUGGCAAUUGGACGAAUUGACAUUAGACCAAAUGAAAAUAAACCAUGUUUUCCAUGACUGCAUUGAAGAGUGAAUCCAUGAUUUUACGUUUGGCUGCAGCGGGCGUUCCACAAAGAUAUACAUGUAAGUACAAUGUAUGACUUAGAGUCAUUAGAAUAUACCUUAAUUACUUCAAGCAUUCUCAUUUGUUGUAAAAAGCUAUGAGCUGAAAUAAAUAUAUUAGGAUAAUCAUCGAGUAUUGCAAAUGUAAAGUACGCUAAAGUGAAAUAGAAUAUUUAUUGAUAGUCAUCGGUUUUAUAAUUAAGAUGACAACUAUGUAAUCAGUAUCUACUUGUGAUAUUUUUUGUUAUUGUUGUUUAAUGUUGUGUGUUGCCAUGAAUAUAUCAUUACCCUCACCUGGCUCAACUCUAACUCUCUGUUAGAUAGGACCCCAGGGAUCUUUACAUAUCAUAAAAUAGCCUUAAAGACGGACAUACUGAAGCUUUUUGACAAAGCAUACUGAUUGAUUAUUGGCCUGAUUUGUUUAUGAUUGAUUAUGAAAAACAGUGCAAUCAAUUAUAGAAAUCUGCCCCAUGUUUUUCUGUUCACUUUUGUCAGACCUGUGUGAUGUGGUGUAAUGAUGUAAAUAUAAUUUACAUGUACUUGCUUUUGAUAUCCUGUUUGACGCUUAAAUUCAACCCACCGCAAAAACUGUUUUGUGUUGUACACUCACAAUAUAUAUGAUAUUCUAAUGUUUCUGUUUUAUGCGUGAAUGGAUUCAUCAAAAUAUUGUUUUUAAAUAUAUAUUUUCUAAAUGUGUAACUUUAAUUUGCCCUUUUUUGAUUAAAUGCAGGGUUUUUUCAUUGAUAUAUGCUAUAGACAGCAUAAUAUUUUCCUU